AUGCGAGACUCCAUUUUCUUCGCCGAAACAAGUUUGCGUUCUGGUUAUCCUCUCCGAAUGCUUUCUAGCCAAUCAGGGGAAUUGUCGUUCAUGCGUAUGUAUGGUCAGAGAGCACAAGUUCUUGGUUCUAUAAUCAUUGAUGGUGGUUCUGGAUAUUGCAAGUUUGGGUGGAGCAAGGUGUAUCGUCUUUUGAGAAGACCCUUUGUCAAGCCUCUCCAAACUGCUGCAGAGAAUCUGCAGGUGAAGAAAAGAUGGUUUCGUGUCUCCAAAGACUGCUGA